AGGAAAGGGAAAAAGGACGCGAAGGCGAAACACCAAUCAAUUUAGACAUGGGUCCAGUUUACGCCGAGCAAAUUGAAUAUUGGGAGACGGGGGUAGUGGGAGGAAAAGACGCAUGAGUGUAGCACGUACCGGAUAGAGGGUUGGAUGAUAGGAGAAAGGAAAAAAGUGAAGAUAUUUUUUAGGUGGUAACAUCUCGAAAGCAUCUUUCUUUCCUUCAAAGUUCCUGUUUGGGGAUUGGACAGUCUUUGUUUCAGCACCUAUAAACCUGUACAACUCUGUAGUAUACCAGCCUCUGGUCCGUCCAUAUUUUUAAUUUCGUGCCCAAAAAACCAGCUUUCAUUAUUGAGACCAGAAACAAUUAUUGGGCCCCAACAACCAUUGAGGCUGCUCCGUGUUUGCAUUGCACUUCUUGGAACCUGACAACCGAAUCAUUCUCAUCAAGAGCUGAUCUCCUUAUCUCGGCUUUAAAAGACCAAUUAGCAACUGCGGCGGAUGACUGUUACCAAGUUGCGUCUGUGGUAUCGCCAUAGCUCGUCACGUGUGCGGCAGUGAUGUUUUGAAAGAUGCUUUAGAAGUUUAGUGACGAUGUGCACUGGAUGACAAUUGGUGCUCCUGUGUCAAUGGACAAGUAUCAAUUACAUUUGCGGGACACUUACUGUGGUACGGUGGUACGAGUCGACUAGGCAUAGGGACAUUCGCAUUCACUGGAGGAUUUGUGAGUGGGACAAUUGAAAAAAACUUUAUCGUGUUUUAUAGGUCUCUGCAAAGUAUAUUGCCGGUGAUUUGGCGGCGUGGUAUUCGACAGUGCUUUAUUAGCGAGCGUAUAGCUUUGCCGGUCAUAAAUUUUACGAUGUGGAUUUUCUAGUUGCGCGGCAGGAAUCGCUCCUCCUUGUUUACGAGAGGCUUGCGAAAUAAAUACUUGGCAGCAAAAUGACCGGAAAAUAUCUGUGAGCAGCGGGAUUUGCUUCGCUUGACAAAGGGGACACUCGCUGACAAUAGACGGCGCCUCUGACGGGACAAUACCGGGGGCUUGAGGCUAUAAGCCCUGAGAGAACUUACACCGGUGGAAUCUAGGAAAUAAACACUCGUCUUCAAAAUAAGUGGAAGAUUUGAUCGCUUCUAGACAGGAUGGAGGUACAAAGUUUAGGACUAGUUAUCACCGUCAGUUUUCUUGUUCUCUGUGGUCUGGCCUCCGCCGUUCCAUCAGGCAACCAGCUGGACAGCCAUAUUGUGAGGGCGCUGUCCGAGUCCGAGUGCGGGGCUCAGAUGCGGCGUCUCCAAGGCAACGAGGGUGUGUCGGCCAUCGUGCCGCCCCGACCGAAAGGAGAAUGGGUGUCCAUGAGAUGUGAGGUACGUCCCGGUCCAGAGUUUAUCCUACGCCGGUACAAGUUCCACUCAGACUCCAGUUUCAGCCUGCAUCAGUUCUUCUACACAGACGACCAGUGCCGCCAUCCCGCCUACUCCCUCAAGAUCCGCGGCACCAUCGCCCUUGGCCAACAGUCCUGGGUCGUCAGCGGGGCCACGGAGGCAGAGUACCACGUCUCCAAGGUAACCAUGGUCGUCUACGACGAGACCUUCGGGAGGACUUUGCGGAGCCAGGUCAACAGGACCUGCCCAGGCUUCUUCAGUUCUAGCAAUGAUGUCUUGGAGCUCUACCAGCGCUACGUCAUUGUGGACUGGGAGCAGGAAAGCACCUUCACGGAGUGCACGGAAGCCAUGGACUUCGCCAUGCACGAACUUCAGAUUGUGAGACAGGAGUUCCACUCGGAGUUCAAUACGGGGAUCGCCAAGUUCGUCUCUUGGGAGGAGCUCUUUCUUGGAGACAUCCACACGGAUAGGAAGCAGAGGAUGUAUUACAGGCCGAGGGCAUACCAGCCUCCACUGCGAAAAUAUCAGGCCAACUGUAGUUUCUGCCAGCUGAUCCACAACACAGAAGAGUUCAAUCCACCCCUGUUACCGGCCAGGACCGAGUACCAGGUGUCGCUGCGAAGCGAGUGGGUCAGCACACGCUGCGAGGUCCGCAAGAUCCACUUCGUCAUCCGUCACCUGGUCUUCCACAACAACUACACCUGGGAGGGGUAUUUCUUCUAUUUUCGCGACCCCAUGUGUCAGCACCCCGUGUACAGCAUCUACGUCAAGGGGGCGCAUUCGGACGGCACUAUGUCCGAAAUCGUCACGGGUGGAACGGAGUUUGAGUUUGUGACUUCCCAGAUGUGGGUCACGCCCAAGAAUUCCGAGGAGGUGGUGAAGUUUAACAAGAACGACGACGACUGCGGUGCGGCUGGUUCCUGGAGGCUGAACCAACCACAGGAGGUGACGGGUACCGGUGGGUGCUCGGUGAUCGGAAUCACGCUCCCUCACACUGAGAGCGAACUCAUGAGAAUGGAGCAAGGCCGGGAUGGGAAAGCGCUCCUCUUCAACAGAGAACGUCCCACAGACGGGGACCUUUCGCUGGAGAAACCAACGUCUUAUCAGAGCCCUCUGAGACACUGUGCUGGGGUCAACCCCCUCAUUGACAUUACUGUGACGUACGAGAAUAAUGAGGAGAAUAGUGGUACCAGACUCAGGACAUGCUACGCUCUGCAGACAUUAGUCUGGUGCUUGUGGAUUUGCAUUUACUUAUUAAGACACUGAUACUUGGCCCCACAGCCAUUCAUGGACUUGAGCUCUGUUUGUGCAUAUUUUUGGCUUCUAGCAAACAUGC